AUGAGUUAUAACAUCCCGCCAUAUGGGAGACUUCGCUUUCAUUCACGAUAUCGAUGGGUCGCCGGUCAAUCGACACUCUCUCCACUUCAAAUCAAGAGUGUAUCAAAUUCACCAACAACUUCAAAUAAUAUCAAAUCAGAGAAUUUGAACGAUAAUAAAUUUGAAAAAUGCCAAAAUAAGAUCAAUGUAAGCAUAGAAAAUAAAGGAAUUUCAAAUUCUUCACAAGAAGCUAAUCUCAUAAACAACUCUUCACUGCCUGAUAUGUCAUCGAAUCUACCAUCUACAACUUUAUUGAUUAAGGAAUCGAUUAAUUCUGAAGCAUUGCCUCAAUCAGAAAGCAGUAGAAAUUGCAUAUCACUGCAAAUGCCUCAAGAAGUACAGCAGAAUACUACAACAAACAGAGGCAACAGUAAUGGUAAGGACAAUAAACCUACGACAACUUAUCUUGGCGUCUCACAACCUAUCUCGAUCUCGGGACCGGAUGAAUUUGAUAUUGUCAUGUCGGCAAAACUUGAUGAAUAUUUACAAGCAAAUGGUUAUUUUGAAACAGAAGAAGAAAUGAAUUUACGCCUUAAAGUGCUCAGCAAAAUCAAUGCCUAUGUGAAAAAAUGGGUUCGCGUCGUAUCAAAAAGGAGGCAGAUGCCUGAUUCAGAAAUUCAAAGCGUCGGUGGGAAAUUAUUUACCUUUGGUUCAUAUCGACUCAAUGUGCACACUAGAGGGGCUGAUAUUGAUUCACUUUGUGUAGCACCGAGACAUGUGGAUCGUAACGACUUCUUCACAAGUUUUUAUGAGAUGCUUGCUGAGGAUCCAAAUACGACAGAAUUACGCCAAGUACAGGAAGCUUUUGUGCCUGUGAUCAAAUUAAAAUAUUAUGGUAUUGAAAUGGAUGUAUUGUUUGCUCGCCUUGCUCUACCGAGGGUACCAGAAGAUCAGCAGUUGAACGAUGACUCGAUAUUGAGAAAUUUAGAUGAGAAAAGCGUUCGUUCGUUAAAUGGUUGCCGCGUAGCCGAUGAAAUAUUACGCCUAGUACCUAAUGUAUCGAAUUUUACAUACGCACUACGAGCCAUUAAACUUUGGGCGAAAAAUCACGGCAUAUAUUCUAAUGUACUUGGCUAUCUUGGUGGUGUGUCAUGGGCAAUACUUGUCGCUCGAACAUGUCAGUUAUAUCCCAAUACCGGACCAGCAAGACUUGUACAGAAAUUUUUCUUACUGUACACAAAAUGGGAAUGGCCACAUCCAGUGGUUCUUAAGGAAACAGAAAUUUCACACGCACGUGAUAUGCCAUCUUUACAAGAACUUGUGUGGGAUCCGAGAUCAAGAAGUGGUGAUCGGUUUCAUCUCAUGCCAAUUGUGACACCAGCUUUCCCGCAGCAGAAUUCAACAUUCAAUGUAACGAAAUCAUCGCUGAAAAUCAUCAUGAAUGAAAUCGAGGAAGGUCUUGUUACUAUUAACGACAUAAUGAAAGGACAAGCUGAAUGGUCAGCACUGUUUGAAGAAGUUAAUUUUUUCAGUCGUUACAAGCAUUUUCUAGCUCUUCUUUGUUUGUCGGCAACAGAGCAAGAUGAAUUAGUGUGGUGUGGACUAGUUGAAUCUAAAAUCCGAUUUUUGAUUGCAAGUCUGGAACGUCGUGAAAGUAUCAGGGUGUGUCACGUACACACGAAAUAUUAUCAACCACGAAAUGAUCCUUUUCCAGUUCAAAUUUCUCUCCAGGAUCCACGAUGUCGGCUUUGGUUUAUUGGCUUAGAUUUAAAUAAAGCUGUGAGCAGAAAAAUUGACAUUCAGCACGAAGUUCAAAGUUUUAUGGAUCUUUUGAAUAGCAUGGCUACUACUCAAAAUAUAUACGUGGAAGGAAUGAGUGUAAUACCACAUUAUCUUCGUAAAGCAGAACUUGUAAAAUGGUUGAAAAUGGAAGAUCUAACUAAAGGAAGAAAAGCACCAAAGAGGAGGCGAAUUGCAACCGCUCAAAAUCAGCAGUCUACUGGCCCAUCACAAUGCAAGACAAGGAGUGAAACAUCAAGCAUCGCUUCUUGUAACUCUUCGGGAGCUGCAUCACCCUCUACAUCAGGAACGGAAAUCAGUAAAAAUGUACAAAAUGAUUUAAUAAUGCCAUCGACAACUUCGGCAGAAAUAGACUCGAGCUGUGCAGAGACAGUUCCUGAAGCGAUAGCUGUGCAGGGAGACAAUUGUGUAGAGAACUGUGCAGAGAUAGUUCCUGAAGCGAUAGCUGUGCAGGGAGACAGUUGUGUAGAGAACUGUGCAGAGACAGUUCCUAAAGCGAACAUUUCGGGUUGCAGUGACAUCCCUGUUAAUUCAAGUAGUACGGUAGAAAGGAAACUAACGAAUGAAACCAGCAGAUUGAUCCUUCACAGUCGUUCAUCUAUAGAAGCAGCUGAAAACCAAUCUCCUGCAGUGCAGCUUCUCGUGGAUAAUGGUCAAGACAAGGAACUGCAAUUUUCGGUGAAUACUGACGAAACAAACCGGCAAAAGAACAAAGGAAGAAAAAGAUCAGCAGAUAGGAGUACGGAGGAUGAAGAUACAGCACCAACUCAACCUAAGAGAUGUUCAUUCGUCGAAGCAAAUCCUGUCUCUCCCAACAGCAUGGAAACGGAACAAAGUAGUCGAAGUUUACUUGGUUCGGGUUUCAAUGGUGCUGCUGCUUGA